CCCAAACCACAGAAGAGAAGAAACCUGCUGCGCAGCAAUGCGUGCGGCAGCACCCAGCGCAAACACCCAGCGCCGAGCUUAAUCACCGCCAAAAGGGCGUUUUGGUCAGGGCCUCCAGAUGUCAGCGAGCAGCUAUGCUGCAGAACAGGAUGUCGGAUUAAGGAGUCUCCAGUGAAACCCGUGCCGAGGCCAGGAAGGGAGGGCGCUGGGUGGUGCCGGGAGCUCGUAGCCACUUGCUGGGCUCUGCCCCCCCCGGGCACCCUGCGCAGAGCUGCACAGCCGGGCAGAGCGUGGGCUGCACGGCACCCUGACCCCAGCCCAGCUGCAGGAAGGAACUCGCCGUGCUCUGGUUGGGAUGAACGUGGGUUGGCUGGGCUGCAGGUGACGGGCCGGCUGCUGCCUGUGCCCUGCACAGCCUUAUCUCUGCUGGGAGUUAAUGUGUAACUCACCCGUGUUUGGUUAGCACAGAAAAGCAAAGACGUCCUGGGAUAGACGCGGUCAGGACGAGGAUUUGGGCACCGUGGGACGUCGGACACCCUGGAGCAGCCCAAGAGCAUGCACAUUUGCAUGCAGCAGCCCCGCAGCCUAACACAUCUCUCUCCUGCUCCAGCCGUGCUGUCCCAGCCCUCACUGCAGCCCGUGACAUGCCUGGGAAGGACCUGGGGCUGGGCAUGGCUGCCUGCAACUCGGACAGCUGCGACAGCAUGGUCAGCACGGCCUCCAACCACUCGCAGAGGAGUGAUAACAGCUAUGACUAUUUAUCUGUGGAAGAGAAGGAGUGCUUGAUGUUCUUAGAAGAAACCAUUGGCUCACUGGAUGCAGAAGCAGACAGUGGGGUUUCCACUGACGAGACCGACUUCGCAGAGCCCUCUCGGCUGCCCAGGGCAUGGCUGAAGAGAGACUCUGCUCCCCAGGAUUUGGAGAACAGGGCUCUCCCUGGAAGCGCAGUUCAGCAGCGUGCAGCCGACCAGAAGGGCACCGAGGGCUCCCCUGGCUUCCCAAGCUCAGCUCCAGCAGUGGCACCAAGCCCAGGCUACCACAGCCUUCCGAGGAACAUCACUGCAGCAAAUGCACAAAAAGCAAAUAAAGCUGAUGGCAAAACAGACACACACACCAUGCAGGACCUGGUGCCACUGGGUAAAUCUCCACAGGAGAUGGGCAAGGAGGGCAGGCUUGGCCAAGCUAAUGUGAGAAGAGAGGUGAGAUCCCUGAUCAUCCCACCUCCAGCUCCCUUCCAGGAUGACCAGGAGAGCCAUGCAGAGCAGCCACGAAGCGAUGGCUCAGAUGCCAGAAAAGAAAAUGCAGAGGAGAGCUGGACACGGCCCCGUCCAGCCCUGGAGAUGGCGGCUGUCCCCAAUCUCACACCACUGUCACACCGAGGGAUGGGCAGGGAGAGCGCAGCGCUUCCUCAGGGCCAGCCGGAGCAUCCAGCAGCACAGGAGGUCCCACAGGAACCUGAUGCCAAGCGUGGGCCUCCCACAGCCCCUAAACCACGAAAACUGCCACCAAAUAUCAUCCUGAGAACCAGCAAAGCCAGCCCAGUGCCGCUUGGUGCAGAGCCUGGACAGAAGGUGAAGGUACCACCACCAUCACCCGCCGGCUCUGCUGGAGACACUGCUGCAGAAAAGCAGAAUUCUGGGCAGCUCGACCCCAAGGAGAGGGAGAAGGCCCGACGCGAAGCCCUGGAGAAACUGGGGCUGCCGCAGGACGUGGGGGAGCCCUGUGCCCGGCCCGGCCCUGUGCCACCUCCCCGUGACCAGGCCCAGGCAGCACCAAGCACAGCCCCAGCGGGACGGGCCAUGAACUUCAAAUCCAACACCCUGGAGCGCUCCGGCGUGGGGCUGGGCAGCUGCAUGGCCAAAGAGCCAGGCAUCAAGGGCAGCGGUUCACUGGGCAAGAUGUCCUUCAUCGAGCGGCUGGCCCCCAGCUUCCUGCGCAGCAGCAGGCCGCGGCCUGCAUCCCUCGGGGCAGGGAAGGACUUUGCUGCGCUGAAGGAGCCCACGGAGGUGGAGAAGAGCAGCAAGCGGAGGUCAAACCCACUGCCCAGCUUCCCCCGGCCGCCCCGUUCCUGUGUCAGCGUGAAGAUUUCCCCCAAGGGUUCGACAGAGGAGCACCGGCGCGAGGCCCUGAGGAAGCUCGGCCUGCUGAAGGAGUAGCACUGGGGAGCCAGGAGGAGCACGGCCUCCAUCCUUGCAUGGCUCUGCUGGAUGAGCACUUGCUGCUGGAACAGCUCAGGGGGCAAACAUGGGGCCUGCUGCUCCUAGAGUCACCUAAUAAAGUAGUGCCACUUGUAUAGAA